AUGUCUGGUCGCGGAAAACAGGGUGGUAAAGUUCGAGCUAAGGCCAAGUCACGCUCGUCCAGGGCUGGACUGCAGUUCCCCGUGGGCCGCGUGCACCGACUGCUGCGGAAAGGUAACUACGCGGAGCGUGUCGGGGCUGGAGCGCCUGUUUACAUGGCGGCUGUGCUGGAGUACCUGACGGCUGAGAUUCUGGAGCUGGCAGGCAACGCUGCCCGCGACAACAAGAAGACACGCAUCAUUCCCCGACACCUGCAGCUGGCUAUCCGCAACGACGAGGAGCUCAACAAGCUGCUGGGCAAGGUGACGAUCGCGCAGGGUGGAGUGCUGCCCAACAUCCAGGCCGUGCUGCUGCCCAAGAAGACUGAGAGCCAUAAGGCUAAAAGUAAAUAA